AGUAAUUAUGAACAUGCUUCGUUUCAGUAACUUUUUGGAAACCUUCACUUGAACUUUUCAUUUAUAGAGAAAAUAUGAGACUACAAUUUCGAUAUAUAAGGGACACCAGUAAUCCAUUUGAAUUGCCUGAUGAAAAGUUUCUGAAACUGUUUCGCUUGAAUAAGGAAGCAACAUUUAGCUUGAUAGAAGAGUUGCGUGGAUUGGUUGAGGAACCGACCAGAAAAGAUACAGUUCCUUUUUACCUACAAGUUUUCGCAAGUCUUAUCUUCUUCAGUAGUGGUAGCUACCAAACUAAUAUUGGUGAAGACCUAAAUAUUGGAAUAAGUCAGCCUGCUAUGAGUAGAGCAAUUAAUAGAAUCAGCAAUCUUAUAUCAACCCAUUUGUUGGCAAGUUAUAUUAAAUUCCCAACAAGUGAAAUUGAAAUAAGAAAGUAA